CGUCAGUUGUCCCGCGCUUUGCACACUCACAGUCUCUGGAUCACCAUAAACCUUCACACCAUCCGUUCUUAUAAAACGUUUCCCCUCAAACUUCGCUUCCACUGUCAUUUCCCUCUCUCUCUCUACUGCCACCAUGGAGCUCCGUCGCCGCUCCUCCUCCGCCGCCGCCAAGGCCUCCGACGCCCUCCCCCUCCCCCUCCACCUCACCAACGCCGUCUUCUUCACCCUCUUCUUUUCCCUCGCCUACUACCUCCUCAACCGCUGGCGCGACAAGAUCCGCACCUCCUCCCCCCUCCACCUCCUCACCCUCUCCGACAUCGUCGCCAUCUUCGCCUUCCUCGCCUCCUUCAUCUACCUCCUCGGCUUCUUCGGCAUCCACUUCGUCCAGUCCUUCGUCGCCACCCGACCCAACGAAGAAGGACUCGUGUCGCCACCUAGUCCUACUUUUCAAUGCAUAGACAAAGCCGACAAUGAAAACACUAACGGCUCUGUCUCAAAGGUAGUCAGACGACCACCUUUUCAAUACAUUGACGGAACAGAUAAUGAAAAUAUUAAUGUCUGCUCUGUCAGAAAGGAGGUCAGAGUAUUAUCUUUUGACAGAGCCAACAAUAAAAAUAUUGUUGACUCUGUCGUGAAGGUUGCCAGCAGACCUCCUUUACAAUGUACAAAACCAAUUUCAACGGAAUUCAUCGACAAUGAUGAUAUCAUUGUCGACUCUGUUAUAAAUGGGACUGUCCCAUCUUAUUCUCUGGAGUCCCAUCUUGGUGAUUGUGGCAGGGCUGCGACAAUCCGGCGGGAGGUAUUGCAGAGAGUGACAGGACGGUCCUUGGCGGGAUUGCCUUUGGAAGGAUUCGAUUAUGAGGCGAUUCUGGGGCAGUGCUGUGAGAUGCCGGUGGGGUACGUGCAGGUGCCGGUGGGGGUGGCGGGGCCGCUGCUGCUGGAUGGGGUGGAGUACACGGUGCCGAUGGCGACGACGGAGGGGUGCCUGGUGGCGAGCACGAACAGAGGGUGCAAGGCGAUCUACGUGUCCGGCGGGGCGAGUAGUGUGGUGCUGAGGGAUGCGAUGAGUAGGGCGCCGGUUGUGCGGUUCGCCACGGCGAAUAGGGCUGCCGAGUUGAAGUUCUUUUUGGAAGAUCCUCUCAAUUUUGAUACCUUGGCCGUCGUUUUCAAUAAGUCAAGUAGAUUUGGCAGGCUUCAAAAUAUUAAGUGCUCUAUUGCCGGGAAGAAUGUGUAUGCCAGAUUUACCUGUAGCACAGGUGAUGCCAUGGGGAUGAACAUGGUUUCCAAAGGGGUUCAGAAUGUUCUUGAUUUCCUUCAAAGUGAUUUCCCUGACAUGGAUGUUAUUGGCAUCAGUGGAAAUUACUGUGCCGACAAGAAACCUGCUGCUGUAAAUUGGAUUGAGGGACGUGGGAAGUCAGUAGUUUGUGAAGCAAUUAUCAAAGAAGAUGUGGUGAAGAAGGUGUUGAAGACCAAUGUGGCUGCCUUGGUAGAGCUUAACAUGCUCAAAAACCUUGCUGGUUCUGCUGUGGCUGGUGCUCUUGGUGGAUUCAAUGCUCAUGCCAGCAACAUUGUUUCUGCCAUUUUUAUAGCCACUGGUCAAGAUCCAGCCCAGAAUGUUGAGAGUUCCCAUUGCAUAACCAUGAUGGAAGCUGUGAAUGAUGGGAAAGACCUUCAUAUCUCAGUGACCAUGCCUUCCAUAGAGGUGGGUACAGUUGGGGGUGGAACUCAACUACCAUCUCAAUCAGCUUGCUUGAAUCUGCUCGGUGUGAAGGGCGCGAGCAAGGAUUCACCAGGAUCUAACUCGAGACUUUUGGCCACCAUUGUUGCCGGAUCUGUUCUAGCAGGGGAACUGUCAUUGAUGUCUGCCAUAGCUGCAGGGCAGUUAGUGAAGAGCCACAUGAAGUACAACAGAUCAAGCAAAGAUAUGUCUAAAGUAUCAUCCUGAGAAGGAAGGAUCACGUGAUUCCAGCCUUUACUCGGGAUGCUAAAAGUGGAAAAGGGUCUUUGAUGAGUUAGGAAUUUUUCAGAGGAAAAUGGAAGACAUUAAUUUGCUGGCACCCAUGUGAGGUUUAUUUGGCUUGUAUUGAUGUUUGUGAAUGUAUCAUUAGUUGUACCGUGGAAAGCAGAGGUCUUCCUUUUUGGUGACCCUCUAUGGACCAUUCAUUCACUGUAUAAGUUUGGUAGCAUAGUUGGUGAGCGUGGGAUGGAUCUUAGCACACUCCGCAACCUUAGAUAUUUUUUAUGCGUUGUAUUAUAAUUCUAAAAUACAUGUUCAGCAUGUGAACAAUUUUCUCUGACACAUCUGUUCAUUUCUAUGUAGUUGGGGACCAGAUAGCCGGGUGGUUUGUUGUUUUUUCUCUUGUCUCAUUGUUCACUAGAUCCGAUUAAUUAAAUUGAACCAUUUGUUCUAUAUGA